CAUCGUCUCACCGACUGCAGCCACAGAGCAGCGGUGGCAGCGCGCCUGCGCAGUGCAUCCAGGGGCUCGGCGGCGUUCGGUGCUGAAGUGGGGCGGAUGGCAGAAAAACAGCGGCGAUGGACAUUACACCGCAGGAUUCCCAUUUACGAUGUCGUUAAAUAAGCAUCGGAACAUCGCGUUUACACACCUAUCACCCUAGGACACUGACAGCCCAACAGAAAGGGAUGCUGUACUUUCACUGCUCCCUGUACUCUCAAGUCCAUAAAUGACCCUUUCACCAAGAUCCAAGGCAGCGUAGGAAGCGACGCUCUCCUGUCCCUUUUUGUGCCCUCGGUCAGGGAUGGUGACAGCAGAAGCCUCUCUUCCCUGUGGUGAAAAGAAGCUCCCCGCCUUGUCCUGCAUCUCCAGCAAGCCAAACAGCUAGUCCAUUAGCCAGACAGUCCACCAGUCAGUCACUCCGUCAACCAGCCUGCUAUCGUCCAGCAACCUAUUACCUCACGCCAUGACUGCUCUGUCUGACCUGUUUUUAGGAACUCACUAAUUCAUGCCCCGGAGUGUGAGUGGAGUGGAGAUGAGAAAAAGGCAGGCGGCACACAUCGAGGCCCCACCCCAGGCCCCUGGACAGCCCCGACCCAACACCUGUUGCCUCUGCUGGUGCGGCUGCUGCAAGUGUCUCUGGAAUGAAGACAGGAUAGAGAGGAGUGAACGACAGACAUGCACCAAGAUGGACAGUAUUGAAGCUGCAGAAGAACAACACCCCAGUCUAGAGGAGUUGCUGUCGUGGUCACGAAGCUUUGAGAUGAUGCUGCGCUCGUUGAAGGGCCGGGAGGUCUUCCAGGAAUUCCUGCGCUCGGAGUACAGCGAGGACAACCUACUUUUCUGGUUGGCCUGCGAAGAGCUGAAAAAGGAGACGGAUCCCUCAGUGGUGGAGGAGAAGGCCAGGAUCAUAUACGAAGACUACGUGUCCAUAUUAUCACCCAAAGAGGUGAGUCUGGACUCGCGGGUCAGAGAAGGAAUAAACCAGACCCUGGCGGAGCCCAGCAACCUGAUGUACGAGGAGGCCCAGUUCCAGAUCUACACCCUGAUGCAUCGUGACUCCUACCCCCGUUUCCUCAACUCUUCCGUUUACAGAGACCUCCUGGCCAACAGGAGGCGCACCUGCCUCGACACCUAGACCCCUCCACCCUCCCUCAUCGCCAUCGUACGCCAACAAGACUACUACUUAAACUUCAAAUACUACUAUGGUGCCAGAAGUCGGGUUUGGAAAAUCUCUCCCUCUUUUUUGAUUGAAAAGACUGAAUGACAUCCAAGAUAGCUGGUUGUUUUUUUUUUUUAUUUAUAUUUUUUAAGCAGUUUAUAUCCAGUUCUUCACUGGAGCCAGGUCGGCCUUUGCUGGUUGGUUAUUGGUCAAUUUAAGACCAUUAAUGCUGGCCAGUGAUUGUUUUGUUAGCAAUUUAUGCUGUUUGUUAUGGUUGACUGGCCAACCCACGUGUCAGCUAUCGGUUGAAGUGGCCAACCGGAUGGCCGGCUGUUGGUUAACUGUGGACAAGGACUCCUCAGGCGGUGGGGACAGAAACAGAGAGAGAGAGACAAAAAGGACAAGCCAACUGUUCCUGUACUGUAAUAUUUAGACCUCAUGCUUUCUACCCUCACUUUAAUAUUCUCUAACUUUACUCACUCUCUUUCAUAUUUUUUUGUUUUUCUAAUUCUGUCCCUUUCCUCAGAUGUGUUUAAUUUAGUUUUGUUAUUAAUUUCUUUACUGUCCAAACAUGACACCUAGUUGUUGAUGGGAGUUGGGGCGUCUGUGCCCAUUUAACCAGUAGAAGCACUGGCUUUACAUGCAACUCUCUCUCUCUCUCUACAGUAGCUUGACGAUGUAAGCCGUGGACUGCAACCGUUUUUGAAUAUUGAGUCUCUCUGUCUGGCUGUCUAUGUUCAGUGAAGGGAAAAAGUACACUUCUGCCAAUUUAAAGCUUACUGCAGUUUUUUUAUUGAGGAGAUUUGAUGGCUUCUGCAGCAAAGGCAGCAACUACCCAUCUACCCAUCCAUCCAUCCACCUGUCCAUCCAUCCAUCCGUCCAAGGACUUUCCUUCUUUAGGAUUCUUUAACUGGGAGAAGUAAGGGCUAGAAUUGUGGUUGGGCAGCUACAUGUAUUACUAUUACUCAUGAACUUUAAACAAAAAAUCUCUCCACUGAGAAAAUCACAAUGCCUUUACAUGUAAGAAAAGGCAGCACAAGCGCUGCUGGAAUUUUUCUGGAAAGCAACCACAGUUUGUCCAACGAUCCCUACCUCCCAUCUUUUUCCCCUCCUCUUCCCUCCAACUCAGACCAUCACAGCCUGACAAGCACAGGUGCCCAAUGUGGGGAAAAAACACCGCUGGAGAAAACAAAAACAAACCCACAUUGACUCCAAAUAGUCAUCUACAUUUAGAAAUUCUUGAGCAGAAAAAGAUGGUUUUCCUUCUAGUGUUUAACAACGAAUUUAGCGUUAUGGAAAGGUGCUUCUGCUUGGAGAACAUAAGCAGAUGCUGCAGGCACUUAUGUAAUUGAAAGGGUUAUUGAGCCCUGGCCUUUGUCUAUAAGGCUUUAGCUUUAGAUGCUGUACGUAACAUGACAGUCCCUGGAGUUGGACGUCCAAUAUCACGCUGCAGAUACUUGACCCGGGUGCCAAACAUGAUGUCAAAGAUGCUGUGAAGAGAUAUUAGAUGUGGCUUGUCACCAGGCUGUAGAGUCUCAGUCAAUCCGGUGCAUGUCUGUUUCUCCAGCAGAUGAAGCUGGCAGAGUGUAUGGUAUUCCUUCAGUUAGCUACUGAUCACUCAUUUUUUACCAGAGCUAGUGAAGAGGGUUGGUAUAAUAAUGCUAACAUGCUACUGUACCGGGCUAGCAAAGAAGUUUGCAUAGUCAUGCUACAUUCUAGCCCUUUCAACAAGGCUAGCUAGGUUUCAGCAUGCUGUAGGCAAGCAGUUAGCAUGCUUGUGCUAGCCAUGCUAACUCUCCAUCCCACUGCCAGCCCUCACACACUCUGAUUUGUUUUUCUAAUCUGACUUUGACAGCAUGUGAUGAUAAUGUGUGUGUAUGGUAGUUACACACUUAACAGAUUUUUUUUGGAAAAAAAAAAUUAAGGAGGUCUUGCCAAAUGUCCCACUAACAUUUUUAGUAUAUAAAAGGACAUUUUGUUUUUUAUGAUGUGAACAUUUGAACAUGAACUUUGUUCCUGGCCUGUGGAUGUGCAGUAGAAAGUGCAUGAGUGCAGUAUAUGCUUCUUCUUUUUUUAUUAACUGGGCCUCCAAGUAUAUUGAUUAUGUCACAUGAUGGAUAGCAGACCUCUUGGUUAGGUGGUUAGUGCAGUCUUAAAGUGUCAAUGAAACAGUGCCACUCCUCACUGAUAAAUGUAGACAUCCAUGUUGCCACCUCCUUUAACUACCUGAAGUUCACGUGCCAAGUUUGGUCUAGAUUAAAUUUAAGCAUACAGGAUGUCUAGCAGACUAUUCAAGUGCAAUUGGAUGUAGUAAGUGAAUAUAUAUUGGAGUCUAUUUGAAGCUGUAUCACACUGUGUUAGAUUGGUUUUGAAAUGUCAGAAGGUUAUCUUAUAAAUUACUAACCACGACACCUUUCAGGGUUCUCAAAAUAUUUUAAUGCCACUGUUGGAUUGUUCAAGAAACUGUCUGCCUCUAGUUAGCAAGUUUUACUAGAGGAACAAAAUAAGGAAACAGAUAAUUCAGUUUAUAUUUAAAAAAAAAGAGGUCCUCUGCUAGAGCCUGAAUGGAAAAGAGUCAAUGGAAUCAUGGGAUUUUGAGUUUUCCUCUAGACUUAUUUUCACUUGCAGUGAUAAAAAAGCUAACUGGAUGAAGCUGCCAGUUCAAAACCAUGCUAUCAUAUUACUACAGAAGCUUUCAGUCUUGAAAUAUUGGUUAUAAAUCCACACUGUAAAGUCAAGAAGGCAAGUCUAAACCAAUCAUCACCAAACAGUUUUGCAAUGUUCCUUAUUGAAAAUAUACUAUAUUUGACCUUUGGCAAUACAGGACUCACAUGCAGACUACAUUAACACCCAUAAGGACUUGACUGAUGUCGCUUAGCUGCUUUAAUAAAGAGCUGUGCAUGCAUGCGCUCAUUUGAUCAGAAGCAGAGGAAUACAGAGUAAUUAACCAAUUCUGAUACUGAAGGAUCAAUUUUGGAUGGAUUACUCCUUGGAGCAGUUUUCAUUUGCAGGAAAUAUAAGCAUUUUAGACAUUGUAUUUGGACAACUCUGUAACUUUUUGACUCAGUAGAAGAAUGCCUGUCACUCACAAAGCUCUCUUGCAGACAAAUCCCUCUUCUGCACAGUACAGCUAUGUUUCCUUUGUCGCUGAGUCUAUACAGUAAUUAACACGAGAAUGUUUCACCAAGAACCAGAUAAUGAAAUCAUGGUGCAAUUAAACCAAGUUUACAUUUAUAAAUUGUGAGAUGUGUGUACCUUAUUAAAUACACGUAACAGUGGGGAGCUAACUGUCCCCAGUGUGAGCAGAGAAGCCAGCAGGUUUAUGGCUGGCAUGAGACUCUGCCCUGUGUUAACAAUGUUAGCACUUUACAGGGUUUACUGGGAGGACAGACACAGCAGAAACCCAGGUAACAGUGUUUUACAGGGAGGACAGACAGAGCAGAAGCCCAGGUUUUCUGCUUAUGUCCUUUCCUCUUAAUUUAUUGUGACUUUUACACAGUGGGGAAAAGUACACGGUUGUUUAUUUUUAAUAACUGCAUUUCAAAUGUGGAUUUUACAAUCAAUGAUGAUGAUGUGAAGUGAUGUAGUGUCAACGCUGAGCUUAGAUUUUUGUCUUUUAAAUUUCCAUGGAUACCAAUUGAGUGGGCUUUUGAAACGUGGCUGUGGUAUUAUUGACUGAAAAAAAGGUUGAGAGCUGAAGUGUCCAGAUAGGGUGGAGGAGGUUUGCGAAGCUUUGGCCUUACUGACACGUUUUUUUUUUUCCUUUGUAUUAAAAAAACAACAACAAACGUCUCUGUAGGCUUUUCACUACCUCUCAUGUUGGUUAAUUUAUUUCACAUCUAGUUGUCUAUGUACAAGUUGUUUUUAGAUCUACUUGAAGCCUAACACUGUAAACAAAAAUGUGCACAGAAAAAUGACUAUGUAUAUCACCAGAGGGGUUAAAGAGAGUUUGGCCUAGUCGACAUUAUUUUUUUGUUUGUAUGUAUGUUUGUUUUAAAUUCUGUUGAGCUGAACUAGAUUUUGCAUCUCUGUAAAGAAUUCAGGAAUCCACUGUCUAAGGGCUAAUCCCAUUUUUGCCUAUGCAAAUCUGUUACUGUGGGUGAGUUGGGAAAGGGUGAACUACCGAACCUUUCACCUGUUUUAGAUGGACCAUGGUUUACAUUGCCCUUUGCUGAUAUUCUUCAAUCUUAUUCAGCAAAAAUGUACGCUUAUUUUUGUUUCUAUAUAAAUAUUAUAUAUAUAUAUAUCUAUAUCUAUAUCUAUAUAUAGAUAUAGAUAUAUGUAUAGAUAUAGAUAUAUAACAAGUAAUAUACAGAGAAAAUAGUAUAUGCCUUCGUGAUGAUAAAAAAGAAACCUUGCUGAAAACAAAUAAAUGUGUUGUUGUCUGACAUCAUGUGGCUGUGUGCUGGAGUCUUGGUAAGAUGAUAUAGACGACUGGAAUUCAAGUGACGGUUAAGCGACUGACUGAGAGGUUGAAUGACUGAAGAAAACUCUCAUUACUCAGGCUACAACACUAGUAGCUGACCCUGUGCAGUAUUUCCUAAGUGAGGGGAAAACUUUAUUUAAGUGUAUUCUGGGAAGUAAAUGAGGUAUUCGGGCCACCCAGGACUUCGUCAUCCUUGUCAUUUUUCAUUGUAACGUUUGGUCAUUUUUAAAGCAAGACUAUGUAAAUUUUGCUAAACAAAGGCCUUUGUUGCCACAUGGGACAGUUAAGGGGAUAAGGGCAAAUGAUAAAACAUAUAAAAGUAGAAAAGAGUCAAGUCAUAAACUCAGCAAACUGAUGCAGUAAUGUCAUUUACACAGCGAGAUUUGUGUAAAGUUAGCUAGCAUUAGCCACCACAAGCUAGUGGUCACACCAGACCACGUAAGGCUGAAACACCAAGACCUUUGAGCAUAUUGAAUUGAGCAAAAGUGCAUUUUACUGCUUAUGAAUUCAACAUUUCAUUUGUAAGAGUCGGACUGUAUUAUCUCUUCAUUCAAAAGUUACAUAGUCUCACUUUGAAGGGCUGAGUCGGAGCAAACCUGGAAACAAGCUGAGUUAUUAAUGGUAUCUGCCUUUGUGAUGUGCACUGUCCAUACGUAAGUCACAUCUUAUAACCAGUAAUUCAUUAAUAAAUAAAAAAAUUCCACUUGCCAUGAAAUAAUUAAUAUUUUAUCAUGAUGAUCUUUUUGUUGUUUGUCAGUGGACACUGCACAGCUAUUGUGAAUUUGUAAUGAAAUUAGUGCAGCACCAUGUCAUCAGCAAACAACAGCGACUUAUUUUUCUAUUCUUCAACUUUGUUCUUUUUGUAGCCACAUCUAGUCAGAUUAUCACUGUGUUAAUACAGUAGCGUUGCUGCGGAAGACACCAGCAGAAGUGGAUUUUCUGUUUUUUUAAUACUCCACUAAUGCAAGAUUUAAGAAACGUCAAUACUUUACUUACAAGACCAUUCACUCAGCUCUCAUGAGCCACUUUUAGCUUUGAGUUGAGGUUUGAUUCAGGUCUAAUAAUUUAUUUUUUAAGUCUUUAUUUGUACAGAAAAUUUAGCUCCUGAACCGAAAUGAAAAUGAGAAUAAGAGGGUUGAUGUUGUAUAGAUUUUCCCCACAAUUCCUCACAGUGCAUCAUGGCUAAAGAAAAGACAGGUUUAUCGACUGAUGCUGGUUUGAAACCUGCUUUGUGUGUUCUCUCAGUUGGAUUUGGUGCCUCUUUAUGCUUCACAACAGACCUCAAGAUCUCUUUCUGUCUCUCUUUCUCUGUCUCUCUCACUUUCUCUCUCGGGCUCUCACUUCCUCUCUCUGUAAAAUCACACAUCCAACACUGUUAAUAGCAGUUAGAGCAGAGACGGCCCCGUUUUACAGCAAAAAUCUCACUGGUGUUUGUUCCUCCUACAUGAAUACUGACACCCUCAUAUUGUCUCUUUUGUACCUCUUCCAGAGGUGUUUGUGCUACUUUGGGAAAGAGAUUAUGUUUGUGCAGGUACUGGUUGAAGUUGGUUUUCAACAGUUUUAGGCAAUCACUUUUCUCUUUAUUGAUUUAGAUGCCUAAGCCUCUUGGUUUUUGUCAUGCCUUUGUAGAUAGAUCAUAGUCAUCGAGAGAUGAUCCGCAGGUGAAAAUAUAAAGAAUUUUACUGUCACUUUAGGCGAUUAAAAAAAGUGACAUUUUUUCUAUUCAGCAUGCUAUUUGCUAAAUAAAUGAAAUAAUUCAGUUAUUUGCUAUAAACGAUACUGUAUGAGUAUGUAUUCAAGUACUGCAGUAUGCAGACAAUUAAAAAUAUCAGAAACUCUUUUGAGAGGUUCAUAUUUUUCUUCUAAUAUGUUUCACUAAUAUUGACAGUUAUGGGUUCUUAAUUCUUGUUUUGAGUGUCUUAUGAAUUGCCAGAAUCACUAAAUGACCCUCUUUGUAUUAACAAAUAUAGACUAUGGUUGGUUAUUUCCACAUGCAUGACUUGCAGAGCAAUUUUACCAGGACAGUGCUAGUGUAGUGGGCUUUUUAAUCAGUCAAGCUCAACUUUUCACUAUUUUUCACUGGUUGCUUGAUAACUUUUGAUGAUGACUGAGAUCCUGACUGUUUUAUUUACAUCAAGGCAGGUGAAACUUUAUCUUUGUGGUCACUAAUGGUCAACAAGGCAGUGUGGAGUGAAAUUUAUUUCUCUUGCAGAGCCUUAUCUUGCCACACAACACAAAUGUGACCUCUAGUUUUCAGAUUUAAAAUGCAGAGAUGAGAAGAUGACAGUUGAGUUUCAAACAGCCAGUAAGAGUGAGCUCAUGAGUUCGUACAACUUCCUCGAACAUCUCAGAGUUUUCCCUAACCUUCAGGGUCUUGCUGCCGAAGGAUCUGAUUGCUUUCCAUCAUGACUUUGAAUUUUAUCAAAGGAAAGUGAUCACCAGUCUUGCUCAGCAGUUGCUGUCUAAAGCGCCCUGAGAUGCAGGAAUCCCUCAGCUGUAGCAUUGAAAAGACAUUUCCAUGUUAUUAGUCCAACUUUGACGAAACACCAUCCUGUGUUGUAGAAAAGCACAGGAGGGAUUCGUCUCAUCUAGCCUCACCUUACAGGGAUGUAAAUCAGAACUUUUAAGACAGAGCUGACACAAAUUUAACAGCACUGAGCAUUAGGGAAUUUGUACAUUGUGAGAAACAUUUAAGUAUGUUGGUAUUGGCAAUUCUCUGCAUGAUAGUGGCCUACAAUACAGAUGUGACUGACUGUUUUUACCGAGGACAGUAGAAUCAAGAUUAAAGAAAUAUUUACACCCUAGUAUAGUUUAGAAAAUGUAGCUUUUUUCUUAAAGACUCAACUUGGUUAACAAAUUUACAGUAGCUGUAAAACUGUAGUUAAAAUGUGAUGGGUGUGGAGAGAUGUUAAAGAAAUAGUUUUUCAGAAAUACACUUUCUUGCCAAGAGUUAGAAUUAGCUAGCUAAGACUAACAGGGUGAAGGUGUUUGUUUAACGUGUAAAAAAAAAAAAGUGUAAAAACAACAAUUUAUUGUUUUACGGGGGACAAUGUGUCAGACUAUUCCAUUACUGCUCAAUAAAGCUUCAUAUUUAUCAUACAAACAUGAGAGUGGUACCAGUGUCCUCAUCUAACUCUUGGCAAGCAAAUAAGCGUAUUUCCCAAAUGUCAAACUGUUCCUUUAAAAUAAAUAGAUUUUUUUUUUUAAAUAGUUGAAAUGUAAAAGUUUUAAAAAAAGAAGGAAAAACAAGGUUGAGUUUGCCUGACGCAGUCGUCAAAGCAACUGUCCCAGUAAGUACAACAAUGCUUCUUUGGUGGAUAGUAUGUGCCAAAAUUCUAAUCUACCUUUUGUUUCAAUGUAAAGGGGUCAAAGGAAUUGCUGGAAUAUAAAAUCACAUGUUCUGUUGGACUCAAAUUGUUCCUUAAGAAUACACAUUUUAUUUGUCUUUUUAUGUUGCUGUUGUGGGUUUGUGUCAUCUCUUUGAAUCAUCCAUAUAUAUAUAUAUAUAUAUAUAUAUAUAUAUAUAUAUGUAUAUUUAACCAACAGACCUAAAGACUUUGUAAACAAGCACUGAAGAUUUUGAAGUGUGACUGAUGUGGAUUACAAGCAACCAUAUCAGAUCCAAUGGAAAUUGUAACUGUCACACAAAUCUGUUCACUAUUUUAAUUUGUUUUGUACUGUUUUAAUUUAUUUUAACAGGUUUAUUUUAGUCAUUGUUUUUUUUUCUUUUAGCUCAAAAGACACAAAAAUUGUUUAACUUCACACGAGUUACCAUCACGUUAACAGUGUCUUCAGUUGUGGUACAUUUUAAUCUACGGUUCAGUCUCUGUCUUUGUUUACACGAUGACAUGUCGCAUUAAGAGAAAACUCCAAUCUAUGGUAACUGCCCUUGAAUAUCUGUAAUUUAAAUAGUGCUGCUAGAGAGAGAAAUCUAAUGUAACAACUUACAAUAAAUACUUAAUAGAUUUUU